AUGGAGGAUCAGCUUACCGACGAGCAGAUCGCAGAUUUAAAUGAAGCCUUCUCUCUGUUCGACAAGGAUGGUGACGGCACUGUUACAACCAAGGAAUUGGGAACUGUCAUUCGUUUCCACGGGCAGAAUCCAACAGAAGCAGAACUCCAAGAUAUGAUAAACGAAGUGGACUCUGAUGACACCGGUACACUCGACUUUCCAGAAUUUCUCACCAUGUUGGCGCGCAAAAUGAAGGAUACGGACAACGAGGAAGAAGUCAGAGAAGCAUUCCGCGUGUUCCACAAGGACGGAAACGGCUUCAUCAGUGCCACUGAACUGCGACACGUGAUGACCAACCUGAGCGAGAAGCUCACCAAUGAAGAAGUCGACGAGAUGACCAGAGAAGCGGAAAUCGACGGUGACGGGCAGGUCAACUACGAGGAGUUCGUCACAAUGAUGACAUCCAAGUGAAGUGCCGGCAUUGUGAUGCGGGAGGGGUGGGUUUUUCGGGACGCUUUACAGAGAUAAAAACACUGCAUUUCUGCUUUCCAUUAUGAACAAAUGAUACACCAUGAAACAAUGAACUGAGUAGAAGAACUCGCGUAUUUAAAUCGUCGUGUGAUGAAGUGAUAAACCAACGAUUGAAACUAAAUUUU